UUGUCGCGUCUCGGCAGAUUAUAACUGUUAUAAAUCAUGACACAUCACACAUUCUGUACCGGUUACAUCAACUUGUAUGCAAUUUGGUCUCAUUUAAAACAACAAUUUUAAUUAUAAAAUGGAAAGUAGGAGGGCACUGCAUUUUGUGUUUAAAGUUGGCAACCGAACUUCCACCGCGUGUUUCUUCCGGGAUAUUCUGGGAAUGAAGUUCUUGCGUCAUGAGGAAUUUAAAGAAGGCUGCAAAGCAUCUUGUAAUGGACCUUACGACGGUAAAUGGAGCAAGUCCAUGGUGGGAUAUGGACCAGAAGACAGUCACUUUGUUAUUGAGCUCACCUACAACUAUGGUAUCGGCUCUUACAAACUGGGCACUGACUUCUUGGGUAUAACCAUUAACUCCCCUGAUGUUAUUGAGAACAUCAAGAACCACAACUAUCCGAGCACUGAGAUAGGUGGAGUACACAUAGUUACCUCUCCUGACGGAUACCAGUUCCAUAUUGUCAAUCAAGUCUGUGAAGGAGACCCAAUACAGAAGGUGACGCUUGCUUGCUCCAACAUGGGCAAGUCAGUAGACUAUUGGACAAAUUUAUGUGGGAUGAAAAAGUAUUCAUUUGAAGAGAAAAAAGCUGUACUUGGAUAUGCGGACAACCAGUGUAAAUUGGAGCUGUGUGAUAUCAGUAAGGCUGUUGACCAUGCCACUGCAUUUGGACGCAUUGCCUUCUCCUGUCCCAGGGAACAGCUACCCAGUAUUCAGGAAGGGCUGAAGGCAGCCGGACAGACGAUCCUGACCCCACUGGUGAGCCUGGACACUCCGGGCAAGGCCACUGUGGAGGUGGUCAUUCCUGCUGACCCAGACGGACACGAGAUCUGUUUUGUUGGUGAUGAGGCAUUCAGAGAACUGUCCCAGGUGGACCCUGAGGCAGACUUGUUACUGGACAAGGCCAUAGCAGCAGACAAAAGUGAAGAAUGGUUUGCCAAGAAAGGAAAGACCAAGGCGUCUGCUUGAUAAGAUCCUCAGGCAGUUCUUGUACAGCCUCAGUCCAGUGCCAUGCUUAUUGAAGGAAGCUUGAAUGAAUCAGAGAAAUGUUAUAUACUAGUCCUGUUUUUUUUCACACCGGUUUUAUCUUUUUAAUUUAUGCUUUCCAGUGGUUUAUAGAGAAAUAUCAGUGAAUUCAAACUGAUAAUUUCACUGUUCAAACAGUGAAAAUUAUCAGUGAAAAUUAUCGAUAAUUUCCACUGUUUACUGUGAAAUGAGGUCAUUUUUUUUUACGAAAUGACGUCAUUAUUUCAGCAAAAUUCUUUAGUUAAACUCUUUAACAAUGUAUAUAAACUGUGAAAAAAAAGCAUAAAAUAAAAAGGAAAUGUGUUUAAUUCGGUGGUAUAUCGAUUUUAAUUCACUUGUGAUCAUAGAAAAUAUAUUUUUUCACUCGUUGCGCAUAUCCUGUAUAUAUUCGGUGUUUACAGACGUAAUAAAAUAUUAACUUUAA